UUUCAGUCGUUGAUCGGAUUUUGCCGUGCUUCGGAGGUUGUGGUCCAGAGGGAUUGAGAUGACGAGGCCGUCCCCAGGAAUUUUCAUACUAACAGCGGCAUUGUUAUCCCUCGCACAGGUCGCCUGCUCAGCUCGUCCCAGAACCUUGUGCGAACCAACUGUGCCGGAUGAACGGAGUUGUGACCUGCACUGCAACACCGUGCACGGCAAGAUCGCGUGGCUGAACGUCCCGUGGACUUUCGGCAAGUGCGUGGGGAAAGUUUGCACUUGCAUGUUCAACGAAAGGGAUACCCGGUAUUAUAUUGGCGCAGGCAAUAAUAUAUGCUUCUAUUGGUAUACGCUCGAUCAGAAGAAACAGAAUUUCGGCGCUUUUAUUGAGGGGAUGAUUGCCAUGUUAUCUUUGGACAAACGAUUUGACAUGUACACAAGGAACUACAGGAAAAGAUACAAUAAUAGUACGGAGAGAAAAAAACGGUUUGAGAUCUUCAAAAAAAACCUGACCGAGAUCCGUAGACUCAUGGCAAACAGGAAAAACCCUAAUUUAGUGUACGGAGUUAACCCAUUCACGGACCUUUCCAGAGAGGAAUUUACUAAAUUAUACAUUGGAAAAGUCGGAGAUUCAGCAAACCCUAAAUCAUCCACGAGAAAAUCCAGUUUCUUCCGGAAGAAGACUUUGUCGAAGAAAGGUUCUCAGAGGACUCUUUCGAAGAAAGGUUCUCAGAGGACUCUUUCGAAGAAAGGUUCUCAGAAGACUCCUUCAAGGCAAGGUUCUUUUCGAGGAUCGUCGUGCGAGACACCUCGUUAUCCGAGCUUCCGGUCCGGCGGGAGGACGCCUUCCUCAGGAGGAACUCCGUCGAUUGGACGGGGGGCGCGAACGCCGCCUCACCCUUUCAUUGGCAUGGAAGAUCCGACCGGAGGCAAUACCAGCGGGCUAAUUUAUCGCGAGCCUCAGGGAGUCGUCAUGCACGAUUGGCGGAUGCCUCCAUGGCUUUAUCCUCCCGCGGAAAAUCAGAACACAUUUUACUUGACGUGUCAUAGCUGCUGGGCUUUCGCGUCAUUAGCUGCUGUUGAGAUCCUCGUGGCUGAGGAAGUAGGAGGAGUGGUGAUGCUCUCUAAACAAGGUGAGUACGCAUUACCGCACUGGAGAGCACACUGAAAAAAAAAAUCUCGGUGU